CACCGUUUGCUGUAACCGCGGUAAAUUAACUAACUGACCAAGGGUCUCAGGAGAGAGAAAAAAAUAACUGAAAAAGAAAGGUUCUAAUAAAAAUCGCGGGUUGCUCUGUUUGGCUCCUCCUCUCAUUUUCAGAUCCUUCCACAGUUUCCUUCCUCCAGCAAAAGUUGAAAAAAAAUGGGGCUGACGUUCACGAAGCUCUUCAGCCGGCUUUUCGCCAAGAAAGAGAUGCGAAUUCUGAUGGUCGGUCUCGACGCCGCCGGUAAGACCACCAUCUUGUACAAGCUCAAGCUCGGAGAAAUCGUCACCACCAUCCCUACCAUCGGAUUUAAUGUGGAGACUGUGGAAUACAAGAACAUCAGCUUCACUGUGUGGGAUGUAGGGGGUCAGGACAAGAUCCGUCCAUUGUGGAGGCACUACUUCCAGAACACUCAAGGUCUUAUUUUUGUGGUUGAUAGCAAUGACAGGGAUCGAGUUGUUGAGGCGAGGGAUGAGUUGCACAGGAUGUUGAAUGAGGAUGAACUGAGGGAUGCUGUUUUGCUUGUAUUUGCCAACAAACAAGAUCUUCCUAAUGCAAUGAAUGCUGCAGAAAUAACUGAUAAGCUUGGUCUUCAUUCUCUCCGCCAACGUCACUGGUACAUUCAGAGCACAUGUGCAACCUCUGGUGAGGGACUGUACGAGGGAUUGGAAUGGCUUUCCAACAACAUUGCUAGCAAGGCUUAAGAUAAUGAAGGCCAAGGAGUUCAGUUUGCCUUGGAGAUUCUGGGGAAGGAUAGUUUUCUUUGUUUCCAAUGAAUGUUGUAAUAGGAGAACGUUUUGGUGAGACUUUGUCUUCUGAUUUUGUGUUGUGUAUUUGCUACUUUAGCUAUACUUCAGCGAUAAACAGAGUUUGCUAAUUACUA